AUGAAGCUUGUGAUGAAGAACAAUUGGCGAACAAUCCCAAUGAUGUUGAAGCUCUUUGAUCGCUCAUGGAGGCAAGAUUUAUAAGUUUCCUGAAGCUAUUAACGUUCUUGAUCGUUUAAUUGAACUUGUCGAGUUUAAAAAACGAAGGUUGAGUUUCAUUUAUGUCACGUCGCAUUAAUUGAUCUGGAGAGUCGGAGGCCAAGAAUUCCCCUCUGGAUACGACGUAAAGGGAUUUCUUUAUAAAAUCAUCUCUUUCUGUAAUAAUUUUUCUGGACAUAACUGAGGCGCGUGAAAAUAAGUUGCUCGGAAGAGUGAUUGGCAUCCAGAAAUUGUAGUCCACGCUGAAGUUGGGCAGUGAGUUCUUUAGGCAAUCUUAAGUAUUUUAGCAGAAGAAAUGACUAAAGUGGCUGAACCCAGAAGGAGGUCACCCAGCCCCGUUGCCACAUUGAUGGGUCUGGAUGCGAUGAUGGAUCUGGAUGGGAUGCCAGGGAUGCAUCAGCCAAGGAGUUCUUUGCAGGGGACGGUAUCACCUGAAAAAUCUCAAAGGGUUGUAACCAAUGAGAAGCUACAGGGUUCCAAGGAGUUCCUUGACGCACUUGCAGUGCUGGAUUCAAACAAGAAACUUCUGCUGAAAUAUCUCCAACAGCCAGAUUCUCUGUUCAUGAAGCAUCUGCUUGACAUAAAUGAUGUUCUUCCCUACUCUAAUUGUAAUGAUAUGGUAGCUAUGAAAUCAUCAGAUGAUGAGAAUCAUGUGUGCUAUGACUCUGGUAGGAAGUCAGAAAGGAGGAAUCCACGGAAGAAGCAUAGAAGAUCUCGCAAACAUUGUAGCGCUCAUAUCGUCCCCCCUGAUUUUAAUUAUGUUGCCAAAAGUUCUCGAAUUAGAGUAGAAGACGAUGAGGGAUUAGCCAUCUUCCCGAAAAGAAUUGUUGUUUUGAAGCCAAAUCUUGGAAUGGCCCAGAAUUCUUCCAGGGUUGUUAUACCGUCCUCACAUGCUUUUCAAUCUGAUUGUAGGAAGCCAUCAGAAUCUGAAAGGACAGAGAACAGGGAGAUGGAAACUUUGAGAAUGAAAAAUCACGAGGUUAGAUGUUCAAAAGAAGUGUCCAAGAAAACUAGGCAAGUGAGAGAGAAUUUUGAUUAUGGUUCCAUGAGUUCAUCUCUUGGAAUUACAAGACAUGAUAGGAACAGAAAUUCUUUCGUUGGGAAUGAUUUAAAUGGUCAAUGCCGGUCUUCAUCAUUCCGUUAUAAACAGUCAUCCUUGAGUGCAGAGGCUAAGAAGAGACCAUCAGAAAGGUGGAAAACGACUUGUGACUACCAUGACACCGGUGUGGUCGGUAGGAGUUGCACGCUGGCUGAGAUGCUUGCCAUGCCCGAGAAGGAAACUACGCUUACAUACAUGGAACCAAGGUAUGUAGGAGAAUCCAGCUAUAAAAUUGAUAAUGAGCAGGGCAUUGAACCUUUUGGUAUAAGCAGUAGGGAUGGCUGGAAGGACAUCUGCUUAGCAAAGUUAUCUAGAUCAAGAUCUCUUCCCGCCUCAUCAACUGCCUCUGAAAUUCUUAAAACAAAUUCCGAACCUCUUAGCAUGGAUCCAUUCAAGUGGGAAAGAAAGGAAGCAAUCGGCGAGAUUUUGAGCCAAAGGGAACAUACAACCCGAAGAAACUCCAGAUCUAGGAGAAGGAAAUCUCAUAGUUCUAUCUGUUCACUUGGGGAAUAUAACGACACUGUACUGGAGAUCUGCACUAGCCAGAAUCAAGACAGUGAUUUUAAAGACAUUGAUCCGGCGGAUAGAACUCUUCUGGUUGAUGAGGAAUCAACACUUUUCCCUGUGAAGGAUCAAACUGAUGGUUUUGAAAAUUGGAUGGAUUUGAGAGUGAAAUCCGAUGAAACAAUUGUAUCAUCUAAUGAGGAACUUCAACCUGAAUUGCCUGUUCAUUCAGUAGUAGAAGAUAUUUCUUGCUCUGGUGACCAAGAUUUUUUUAUCUCUAAGGAAUUGUCGCCCGUGGCAUCUGAAGAUACGUCGUUCCAUUUGAAAUCUGUACUUGGAUUAGAUUCUCCUGUAAGCUCAAAGGAAGCUGAUCAACCCAGUCCAAUUUCAGUUCUGGAACCUCCGUUUACAGAUGAUCUACCACCUGGUUCUGACUGCUUUGGGAGUCUAAGUGCUGACCUCCAUGAGCUUCGAAGACAACUCAAGUUACUCAAGUUAGAGACGGGAGCAUUUGCUGAAUCUGAAGAAUCGCAGCACAUCUCGAGUGAUGAAGAUGGAGGGGAAGGAUCCAUUGGGUUUCCUGAGGAGAAGUUUGCAUGUAAAGCUGAAGAACGCUGGGAGUUUUCAUAUCUAAAUGAUGUCUUACAGAACUCAGCUUUUAAAGAUACUGACCCCAAUAUGUUCAUCGCAAUGUGGCAUUCUUUGGACUGCCCCGUUGAUCCUUCUAUAUUUGAGGAGCUCGAGAAGAAGUAUGCGGUUCGGUCCUCUCAAUCAAGGUCAGAAAGGAAGCUACUUUUUGACCAAAUAAAUUUAGGAAUUUUGGAUAUUUACCAAAAAUUCACUGACCCUUAUCCAUGGAUAAGACCCCCAACAAUUCAAGUAGGGUUUAAUGAAGGGCUCUGCAAUAAUUUGUGUAAGUUUCUAGGUAAGCAAGUGAAGAAAGUAGAUGAAACCAUCGUAGAGGAAGUGCUGGGAAGGACAACUCAAUGGUUAGUGUUGGGGUAUGAUGUUGAUGUAAUAGGCAAGGAAAUUGAGAGAGUAAUGGUAGAUGAACUCAUAGCUGAGGUAGUUGACAUGUAUUUAUAGAUGAUGUAGCUCUCAUGUUGAAAUAAGAUGUUAAAGCUUUCAAACAAAUUGCAAGAGCCAAAAAAUGAAGGAAAACACCUAUUUUUUU